AUGAUUUCUGAAAAAGCGGCAACAGCUUUGGCGACUGUCGGAACGGUGUGCUGGUGCAUUCAGUUGAUCCCACAGAUUAUCUUCAAUUACAGGAAAAAGGAUUGCGAGGGUCUCCCCCCACUAAUGAUGCUGUUGUGGGUGACGAGUGGUAUUCCGUUUGCCAUAUACUUCAUGGUUACGAAGGGAAACAUUAUUUUGCAGAUUCAGCCACAUCUGUUCAUGAUGUUCUGCGGCGUGAGCUAUGUGCAAUCGCUAUACUAUCCACCAGUACAGUGGCCCCGGAGGAAAAUUGCAGCGUCGGUGCUGACGCUGAUUUUCGUAGGCGUCGGCAUGGAAAUUGGCUUCACCUUAUGGCUGCGUCCCCUGUACUCACGAGGCGUGCACUGGCCGUCACUGAUUUUUGGGAUUCUGGCGUCGGUUCUGUUGGCACUGGGCUUGAUUCCGCCUUAUUUCGAGCUGGCCAAGCGUCAGGGCCGCGUUGUUGGCAUCAAUUUCGUGUUUUUGUUCGUGGACUCGCUGGGAGCUUGGCUCUCGAUUGCCAGUGUGAUCGUGGGAAAUAUGGACAUUAUGGGUAUUGUCCUGUACGGUGUCGUGGCAGCACUCGAGAUUGGGAUUUUCGCGUCCCAUUUUAUUUGGUGCUGUCGUUUUAAGUGGUUUAGAAACGGAUCGGUGGCCCAGGACAUGGAGUCACAGCACCAGGCUAUGGAAAGGACUAAAAGCCAAGGUGAAGAAAUGAACGAUCAGACUUACGAAAUCCACGAAAAGUAA